UGUUUUUACAUUGCACACACAGAAAAUGAGACAAAAACAGUGCCCGGAGUGCAAGGGCCAAUAUGCCAACUUGUCUGGGCACUUAAGUGCAUGGUGUCACGGACUGGGAGGAGAGGAUGCUGAUGCUAGGCCUGGCGUCAGGAAGAUAUGGAGGCCAACUGAGCUGCCCAGACGUGAAGUACCAGGGUUUGACAUUCUCGCGGUUGGACUGCCACCUGGUCAAUCUGCACAACAUGGCAAAGGCGGUGAGGACAGCGGUAUUGCUGAGCCAGCGAAAGGUUGCCUUAAAGGAAAGUCUUCUAAAAAUCAAAAAAACGAAAUAAGUCUGAUUCAGCAAUCACUGCUGUCUUUCGGGGAAGGAUCAUCUUCACAUCCACCUCAUCCACCUCAGCCUCAGGUAGCCGGGUCACCACCGACUGCUGGCUGUCUCUCACCUGCUGGCUGUCCCUCCCCAAAAGAAAUACCACUGAUUCAGCAAUCGCUGCUGUCUUUCGGGGAAGGAUCCUCUUCACCCCCACAUCCACCUCAGACUCAGGUAGCCGGGUCACCACCGACUGCUGGCUGUCCCUCACCUGCUGGCUGUCCGCCACCUGAGGGCUGCAGCAGUCGGUUGGCUGAGGAUGAGGAUGAUGCUCUGGAAUUGCUGUUUUCAUCUGGCCGAUCCGAGUGGGAUGACGACAGCGUUCCAGAUUUUUCGUGGCUCUUUUAAUAUUGUGUCCUUUGUUUAUAUAUGUGUGUGUGUGUGUGUGUGUGUGUGUGUGUGUGUGUGUGUGU